AAAAGCGCGCCGGCGGGACAGCGCCGGGCAAGGACGAGCCUCGAGCGCAGCGGCGCCGGCUGGAAGAAUUAUAAGAAGAGGAAAUUUCCAUUGUGUGAGGUGUUUAUAUAGCUGCAGACCUCCUUGAAUUCCCCGAGAAUGAAUUGGGUUAGUGACCUUCUCAAGAGUAUGGAAAAUCUAUUCCUGUGGGUGAGUUGGUGUGUCUUGCUCUGGACUGUUCUGAGUUGUGCUUCCGAGCCCACCUACGAAUGGAGAGAUCCAAAGUCCAACGAGAAGUUGUUGUGUCAGAAGUGCCCGCCAGGGACAAGCAUGGCACAGCACUGCACCAAGGACACGCCCACCAUUUGCAAGCCAUGUCCAGAUCAAUACUUCACCCAGUACUGGAACUACCUCGAGAGAUGCUUAUACUGCAGCGUCUUCUGCAAUACCAUGGAAGUGGAGGUGGUGGCAUGCAACAGGACGCACAACAGGGUGUGCCAGUGCAAGCCGGGCUACCACGCUGAGUGGCUCUUCUGCAUUGAGCACUCAAAGUGCCUUCCAGGAAGUGGAGUGGUUCAGCCUGGCAACCCACGAGAAGAUACCAAAUGCAGAGCUUGUCCGGAGGGGACCUUCUCCAGCAAUCAUUCCAGCAGAGCCGUCUGUGGGCCCCACCAGAACUGCUCUGCGCAAGGCCUUCGGGUCAAUGUUCCUGGCAACCAGGUCCACGAUGCCCUCUGCACCUCCUGCAGGGCUGGCAAAGGCUUGGAGGAGGGCUCAGGAAGUGGAGAGUGUCAAGAGGCUGCAAUUGACUUUGUACCAUUUCAAAUCAAGUCCGUACGAAAGCUGCGGCGCCUGCAGCGUAAGCUCGGUAGAAGUCCUCCUGGGCCGGAGAAGAAGAAGAGUAAAGAAGAGCUCCAGGUGGACCUUCACACCCAGCUCAUUCAGCUCAAGAGCAUGCAUGGGAAAGAGCGUGUGUGGGAGAGGCUCCAGGAUGCCCUGGAGAAGAUGAAAUUGCAAAACUUUUUGGAGACAGUCCAGAAGCAGUUCCUUGUGGGCUUAUGAGAUUAACAAGACAACUCUGUCUGUGUCUCUGGUAUUUAUUACAUUCAUAAGACAGGCGCAAGAUUGCUGUUCAUGUAUGUUUGAGUUAGAUUAUUUAUGAAAAA